AUGGCCGCUACAGAGGAGCAGGCAGUAAUGGUGCUUCACGAGGAAGGGGUGGCAGCCUCUGCCUUAGCCCCAUCCACUGCUUCCGCCCCCACACUUUUUGUUGUUCUUAAACCAGGCCAGCCGAGUGAUGGUGGACAGGACCAGCAGGGAGCAAACACUGUUGUUAAAUCUGCCCAAGGCUCCACUGUAGCAAGCUCCUGUGCCAUCUCAUCAAUGCUGCCAGCAGCAAUGGCAAACACUAGCUGUAGCAACCAGCAAGGGAACCUGUCACCAGAGGCCACGUGCAAAGGUAUCACGGUCACUCUGGACAACAAUAGUAUGUGGAAUGAGUUCUACAGGUGCAAGACUGAGAUGAUUCUGACCAAGCAAGGCCGCAGGAUGUUCCCCUAUUGUCGCUUUCGUAUCUCUGGAAUGGAACCCUUUCAGAGGUACGUGUUGGCCAUGGACGUCACUCCGGCGGACAACCACCGAUAUCGAUGGAGCGAACGGCGAUGGGAGCCUGGUGGAAAAGCAGAACCACAUAUUUCGGGACGUAGCUUCAUCCAUCCAGAAUCUCCUUCUCUCGGUCAUUACUGGAUGCAGAACCCUGUGUCGUUUUACAAACUUAAAUUAACGAAUAAUACUAUGGACCAAGAGGGCCACAUCAUUUUGCACUCCAUGCACAGAUACCUUCCACGUCUGCAUGUGAUUCCAGCAGAAAAAGAGACUGACAUCAUCCAGCUGAAUGCGCCUGACGUUAUGACCUUCACUUUCCCACAGACUGAAUUCUUUGCUGUCACAGCCUACCAGAACCUGUCCAUCACCCAGCUUAAAAUUAAUUAUAACCCUUUUGCUAAGGGUUUCAGAGAGGAUGCCGCCAACACUAGAAUUCUGAAGGCUGAUAAUGGAUCCUCCUCUGAAGCUUUGGAGAAGGAGGUCAAGCUCAGCAAGGAGGCUAAUACACUGAAGAACUUGAAGUCGCUGUUUGCGAAGAAGAACGUUGUUGAAAAAGCUGUAAAGGAUCAAAAGCCCAGCACAGUGAAUGGAGAUACAGGCGCUGUCAACGUCCCAGACCUUACGUCUGGCCCCUUCACACUCAACAAUGGCCCAACCCCUGACCUCAUCCAUGGCCCCAGCACACCCAAUGCAAGUGUGACAACCACGCCCCCAUGUACCUCCAACCCUGUCAAAGCUUCCAACACCAUCACUGACUUUCAACACAAAACAGAGUCUGCCCACGAACCUUGCUCUGACCCUUCUGUCGAGAUUUAUCAUGAGGAGAACAAGUUGUCUCAAGAUGAUGCUCCAUCAUCGCCGUCCCACGCUCCCUGUUCGCCAGCCUUCUCUCUCCUGAGUGCUACCCCCUCGUCACCUGACCCCGAGCCACAAUCUCCAGGCCCUGAUGAGGGAGGAUUCUCUGGAGCUUUGCAGCCAACAGAAAGUGCUGAGGGCAGUGGUGCUGCUGCUGUCUCAAUGCCCAGUUCGACUGUUUAUCAGGCUUCUGUCCAGCCUGUGGUAGGAAUUAAAAAUCAGAAGUGCAAGUCGAAACAUAGAAAAGGUGGGAAAAUGACACAGAAUGAUGAUGAGGAGGUCACUGAAGGUCCUGUUCCAGUUCCUCUGCAGCCCAGUCUAGAAGAUGUAGAGGGGCAGUUGUUUGUCUCCUUCAUGUCCAAGGAAGCUCUACAAAUUCACCUGGGAAAUUAUGCCUCUAAUGAAGAGACAGCAGUGCAUCUUCAGACAACUCCAGAAACCACAGACAAAAUGGGUGGCGUCGUGGAAAACAUCGAGGAAAGGAUAGCAGCACUUGAGAAGUCUCUGCUGAAUGACUUAAAACUUAUGAGGCACAGACAGGUCAUCCACCCAGUAUUACAAGAAGUUGGCCUAAAGUUGAACUUGCUGGACCUCAUCUUGGAGAUUGACCUGCGGUAUCUGGGGGUCCGUUUGCCUCUUCCUCCACCUGUUCGCUGUCCUGGAGGCAGUUUGUCCUCCUCCAACGUCCGAUUUGUUUCUAGGACUGGUAAGACAACAGACUUCACCAAAAUCAAAGGCUGGAGAGACAAAUUUGUUCCAUCAGACUUAACGUCGUCUGAAGGAAGCACAAGCUCAGACAGAACCCAGAAGAACCUGUCGGCUUUCUGCAGCGACAUGCUGGACGAGUACUUGGCCAGUGAGGGCAAGCUGAUUGACGAGCGUGCCGCCAGUUUCUCUCAGGCGGCCGCCACCCCAGUGACCUACCAGCUUCCCACCAAGAGCACCAGCUACGUCCGCACCCUGGACAGUGUGCUUAAAAAACAGGCUCUGUCUCCUACUUCUGUGGCCACGUCUGCCUUCUCUAGGCCCUUUUCACCUCCCAAAAGGUCUACACAGCGUCUGGGGCCUCAAGACUCCUGUAAGUCACUUGGAAACAAACUGGCUAAAUUUUCAACGCUUGCGCAUGCUCUGUCAUCCGAACCUUCCACUGUCACCUCAGACAGCAGAAAAUCUACUUUGAAAAACAAGACCGGAUUAAGUACAACAGAGAAAUCGUCAGCCUCUUCAGAGAAUAGAGAACUUGGUAAAUCUAAAAGUAAAAAAAAUGGAAAAACCAAGAUGAGGCCGAAGACGUUGCAAGGUCAUGGCCAUCUCGGGUCAGGAUUGACCUCAGAAGACGGAGCAGAGGAGUCUAAAACGGGAAACACCAGAUCAAGCGCUGAGGGCGGACAUAGCUCUGGCCUGCCAAAGACAUUGGUCAAGCUGAUGGAUGUGGAGGAUGGAGCGGUGUGGGAAGGGAAACCUCGCACCUACAUCACAGAGGAACGGGCAGCCAUUGCACUGUCUUCACUCAUCACUGGAGAGGGGACUUUGAAUGUAAACCCAGCGGCACUCAGGAUCAUAAAGCGGCGGGCCCCUCCUUGCCUCAAUGACUUCUGCCGGCUUGGGUGCGUGUGUGCAAGCCUGGCCCAGGAAAGACGGCACCACCACUGCGGUAAGCCGGAGUGCAUGCUUGGCUGUGGCUGCCUCCGAAGGAAAGUAGUGCUUCUGAAGAGCUCUGUGAAGGAAGAGGACGUCAGCGGAGAAGAGAAGACUUCGUCAGCGGCCGCAGAAGAAGGUGAAUCUGAACCAAAGAAGAAAAAGAAGAAGAAGAGGAAAGCUUAUGUCUUAUCGGAUCCUGAGACGGUACCGGAACCAGCAUUGCAUGUGAAAACUUUGUGGAAUAAGAAGGAGAUUGCACCAGACCCAGAGCCCAUCUUCAUGCCCCCGCCUGUCAUCUAUCCAUCAUCUCCAUCACUGGACACGGAUCAAAACUUCGAGAGCUGCUCUCCACUCACACCACUCAAAAAGUCGAGAAUGGAGAAUCUGGAUGAUGCAGAGAGCAGUAUGACUUGUGCUCGUACACGUCCAAUCAGCUUCAAGAAGACCCCAUCAAGUUCCAUACAGGGCAUUGGAAAAGAAAAUGAACACUGCGGAACUUUGGCACGCACAAUGCAAGAGAACCAGACGCAAAAGCUUCAGGAGGCUGAUUUGCUUUCCUUGGCAGCUUCCAAAAGACUAGAGAUUGUCUCCAACUGUAAGUGGAAGGGAACAGGCAUCCGGAACUAUGUCCUGCGGGUUGUUUGCGAGCGCAUGGCUCAGGACCGGCUGAAAAGCCCAUUCUGGGUCGGCAAGUACUACGUUCAGCCCAUAUCACAGACGCCACUACCGGACGAGGAGGGAUCGACCGUCACCUAUAAAGUUCGCAUCUCCCAGCCUGGCCUAUCGCAAAACAGAGUGCAGAGGAAAGAGAUGCCAGCAGAUGUGCGAAACAAGGCAGAUUUGAUUAGUAUGAUCGGAAAGAGGGCGGAGAAAGGUCUGCCUCUCCUUUCAAAAGUGGCUCCAGCAGGCUUGCUAAUAGCCAAUAAAAAACAGCCUGGGUCAUCAGCUCAGGGACUGAUAACGGUGAAUGGAAAACAAUAUCCACAAGCUAAACUUGAAUUGAGCCAGAUGGGAGCACUGCACCCAGCCAAUAGGCUGGCUGCUUACAUCACAGGCAAGGCCUGGCCCACCACUCAGAGUGGGACAAAGGUAGAGAAGGUAGGGACAACAGUGUCCCCCACUAAGGCUCCUCCUUCGGUUACUCCUACCACCAGCGCCUCCAAGGCCACCUCCGUUACCAGCACAUCUGCCUGCGCCAUAAUAUCGGUCACCAAACCCAUGGUGACCAAACCCACUACUGGGAAGGUUCUCUCCCAGGUUGUGGUCAACCAGUUCCUCUCUGAACAGCAAAAGCUGCCCAGCACUAGCGCACCACAGAUCGUGGAAAGUGUCCAAAAGAUCAUUUUGCCUUCACCAUCUCCGAUGGCGACCCCGAAUAUACAGGUUGCCACCACUAAGCCCUUGUCAACCCCUGGCACCACAGAUGGGACGACUUCGCACCUUAAAAGUGUGCCUGGUUCUCCAUCCGGAUUGGAUACUCUAGAGAGAGGGAAAUCCUUUGUGAUGGUUCCUGUGUCUGUCCAGCCUACAGUGCCUACUGGUGGGCCCACCUUGCCAACACGCCCCAAGAGACCUAUCCUCCCGCAGGGGCAGAAGUUGCCCCUGCGGUUGGUGAGGACCAGCCCCCUUGGCACACUGUUCCGAGGCCCUAAUGGGCAACUCGUUCGACUGAUACCCCUCAGUCAGGUCAAAUCCUUAAAGGCCAAUAAUCCUGUCACAAGCUCAAAUACAGUUACACAUUUUCCCACACCAGUGGCGCCCCGCUCCGCAGCCAUAAGACCCCACAUAACCACCACAGCCACCCGCAGUGUCGCUGUGCCUCUGAAAAGGUCUCCAGGGGGCACUGCCACCAUAAUGAGCCCUGCCGUACCUGCUAGUUCUGCUAUUCAAGCCCAGAGCCAAACACCAGUACACAGCAGUCCUAGUAAUGUUACGCCAACCCCCUCUGUGACCACCCAGUCUGUCAGCCCUGCCUCAGGUCAAGAUCAGGUCAAAGUUACUUUCUCCAAUUUUCUCAGCCCCCCAAAAAGCCAGGGAUCCUUGGGGGACAGCGGUUUGGAUGCCAUGAAAGUUGUACCGCAGAAAAGCUGCCAGGAACCUGGAAUAAUCAAAACUACAACUGCGAAAGGCGAAACUCCGAAAUCUCACGGGGCUGAUCCAGUCACUGAUGCUUUCAUGUGUUCCUCAAGCUCCUCAUCCAGUUUGACGCAAGGUGGAGACCAGGAAUCAGAGCGUGCUGCUGUUUGUGCAUUGGCUGGUGGCUCCGUUAGUGAUCUGAAGCCUUCCCAGGAAUCAGAAACCCCCUCUGGGGAAACAGCUCCUGCUGAGGUGAUCCUUGGAGACCACUCUUACAUCGGCGGACAGAGUAACCAGGACACAUCUGAUGAUAUAUCCAGUGCUGCCCAUCCGCUGCAAAUUGACAAUAGCACUUCAUCGGUCUGUGAAUCAAAGCAGUUGUCUGACCCUGGUAAAGUGGCCCAUGAGACAGCUGUUUCCCCCAAAGGUGAAGGUGGAGCUGCUGCCCUUUCUUCGAAUUCUGGCUCCUGUUCGCUGGAAAAGGAGGACCUUGACCUAAAGGUUGUGAGUGAUGAAGAAGCUGCUGAAAGGGCAGAAGCUUCAGAGGUGACUCCGGAUGGAAAAGACAAUGAAAAAUACGCCGACAGGGAGGAAGGAGAGAUAAGCUCUGACAUUAUGGGGGACUCUGAUGAGUACACCGAGGACUCUGAAGACUCGGAGGAUGACAGCGAUGACGACAUCCAUAGCGUCUGUGAUUCUGACGACGGAGAGAAGAGCAAAGAUAACGAGGUAACCGACUCUGUCGACGAGGAUACUGUAGACUUCCUCGAUAAGGAAGAUGAGGACGCUGUGGAUGUUGAGACCGUGGAGGAGUUGCCCGAAGAGAUGCGCGUUGCGCCACUGAGGACGUUGACAAGCCAUUCAGAGUUUACUACAGUGCAACAUGCAGGCAGAAGUCACGAAAAGCGCGCUUUGCACAAAAGAAUCGAGAGAAUGAGACGUUACGAGCUUAAAGAGCGUUUCCAGAACCUGCAGCGUGUCCUGGGCUGUGACCUCGAGAAAACCACCAAAUAUCUCACGCUUAACCAGGCUCGUUUGGAAAUUAGUACUCUUUUGGCACAAACUGAAAGUUUGAAAGAAGAGAGGAAGGUGCAGGAACAGCAGCAGGAGGCAUACCUGAAAAGAAUCUCUGAAUUAUCUGGAAAGAGUGAGGACUCUGUCCUUCUCAACAUUCAGGGCAUCUGCAAGAGAGAGAAAAGCCUAGAAAUCCAGGACCAGGAGACAGGUGAAGGUGUGGCUGCUCCCUCUCCUCCAACGUCUGCCUCCCAUAUGUUGAUAAAAGGGGAGCCGGAUAUGAAACCUCCAGUCGGAAGAAACAGUGGAAACGCACACCCAGGCAGGGAGCAGGGAGAGAUAGACUCAGACGUCACAGAGGACUCUGUUGACCUGUUCGAGGAAUCGGAGGAUUCAGAUGAUGACAGCGCCCUGGUUAUCUGUGAUUCUGACCAAGAGAAGAGCAAGAAUGAGGGGAAAACUUGCUUUGUCUUCCCUGACAUAGUAGAGUUGACUGACAGUGAGGAGGAUGAGGAGGAUCUUGAAAAGAGCAUUUACCACAGAAAAACUGACAAAAUGAGACGUGAUGAUCUUAAUGGACGCUUCCAAAAUCUUCAGCAUGCCAUUGGUCGCCAUGACCAGGCCACCAAAUAUCACACACUCAACAAGGCGCGUUUGGAGAUCAGUACUCUCUUGACACAAAGUAAAAACUUGACAGAACAGAGGCGUGCUCUAGAACACCAGCAAGUGGCAUAUCUAAAGAGAAUCUCUGAGUUAUCAGGAAAGAGUGUGGAAAAACAGAAAAGUCCCGCAAAGCUCUCAGAUGCUCUGUCCACGUGCAAACAGACCCCAUCUGUGCAAAGUCCUGCCCCAUCAAAUGCCUCAAGCCCUUCCCCAGGCAACAGCCAAAGGCCCACGCUGAACCUGCCCUCUCACCGUACCCUGGACAGCGCGCCAAACUCUGACUCAAGCCCUGCCCCACAGAUUAGCCCACGAAACACGAAAGCUCCUGCCCCAAACACGUCCCCAAACCGUACUCCUGACACGGUCGUCCAACAUCUCGCAAAACGUCCGUCCUUUGGCUCUGUCUUCAACUAUUCGGUGCAGCGGGAGAGGACCAGGCCCAACAUCCUGUCCCGCCCACGAUCGAAGCCCGGGCCGCCUGCCCCCAAAGCCCCACCAAUUAUACCUGUGCUGAAUGCUGUGUUGCCAUGCAACCAGAUUUUGACCAUCAGCAACCCUCUGCAGCCUAUUGGUAUCACUGAGAUUAGAGGCCAGCCAACCACACCAGGUGUUGCAUCAGUGACCUUUGCUGUCCCUGCCAUACCUCACCAAGUCCUUGUUACAAACCCUGUUCCUGAACCACAAACGCUCAAGGUGAUCAGUGGUCAUGCCGUGGAGGUUAACAGUUCAGACAAAGGCAUCGUCCCUCCCAAGAUCACCAGUGUAAUUUCAGUGAUGCCACCUGCGGAGAAGCUGCUGGUACUUGACAAAAUGGAAGUUCUUACCCCCGUCUCUGUCCCUGUCCACGUCCCCGUUCCUGUCCUUAUGCCUAGAGCGGAGCAGACAUCUAAAAACAGCCCAGUGUUGGAGCGAGGUAGAGUUGAGGGAGACAAGCUGGCUGGCAGCAGUGGCCUAAAACAAACUUUAGAGAGUAUUGUUUUGAAGGCGUCAGAGGCUGCCCCCAGUCGGAGGGGAGAGGCAGAGAGGAAAGAGGGGAAAGAUGACGGCAGGGACCCUGAAGACGAAACCUUGAUAGAUUUGCUGAAUGAGCUUAUCUUUCUCAAUCAGCAACUUAACACUGAGAGCUCCGAGCCAACAGAGGGCACUUCGAAUCUGGCUGAAAUAGGAGGUGUAGCGAUGGGAAUGGCAUCUGAGCCACCAGCCGGUGCCGACAAGGAGGAUGACCGGUCACUAAGCCCCCUUUUCCUUAGGCUGGAUGAAGAACUCACGACCACGCCUACUGCAAAGGAUGACGACGCUCCACCGGUGGUGGACGACCUUGUCAAGGUCGUCUUUGGAUCAGAACCGCUGCCAACGCCGGGAUCAGGGGUUUCCAUGGCAACCAACGGUCAUGGUCAGCACAGCCCGACGGUUAGUGUUAAUGGGGAGACUCUGACUCCGCCCCCUCUACAGCAAAUGAAAGCUGGGAGCGCAGCUACGUCUACAGAUUCAACAGACAAACCGAAAGAGGAGGCCAAAGUGUCAUGGAGGCCAAUGCCAAAACUGGCACCUUUAGGUUUAAAGGCAGUAGUUCAGGCUCAAGAUGCUACGUUGUCCAUAAACAAAACACCACCACUUAAACCUAGAAAUACACUGCCCACUGUCAACAACCCUCAAGAGACCUGA